GAGACACCUUGGCGAACACCUGUCCCAUUCCUCGAACAUAUGCGGCCUUGUAUUCCGUAAUCAGUUACUCCUGGCCAGCGAUGCUUCAGCGUGAACAUAGCCAGCAGACAAAUGCAGACGCAUCAUGGCAAUUGCCAGAGUAUCCUGUGACCAACAUGCAACUAUUUCGUACUCAAGGGCAAGACAAUCACAAGUGUCUACACCUGCUAUAUACAUACCUAACGUUCAACGAGUAAAACCCACCCCUCUUCCCAUCGUCUCCAUGUAUCCCAACCAGUCCCGAUCGUCCGAUAUCCAUCCCAUGAGCAUCCUGAACCUCUAGUAGCCACAAGGGCACACCCGUUAGCCCCUCUUCACAACCAGCUCACGUAGUGGACCACCACGCUAUCAUCUCGCAUGAAUAUGCCAGCACACCAGUACGGAACCUGAUCUUCCCAGCUUGAUCCAAAGAAAGAAUGAGUG